AUGGCGGUCCCGAGGCCGCUAAUAAAUCUCAUAUCAAACACCAGCCGAAGCUGGACCUGGACCUGUAUCUCGUGCCUCGUGCGCACGCGACUUGAACCUGAUGGUCCACGGACAACUCGUCGUCGCAUAAGCAGCUCUGCACGCGAUCCUGACCUCAGAGGACGAGCUUCAAACGACAGCAGCAACAGCAGCACAGGACAAGCGCUGCCCAGACAGCAACUCAGAUCCUUCCACGGCAGCAGUCAGACUUCCCACAAACCAGUCGACCACCACCGACAAGCCGUGCCCCUAGGCGACUUCUACACCGAACUCCUGAGCUCACCUCUCCCGAAAGGGUCCGAAGCAGACACCACCUCGUUACCAGAAUGGGUGCCCAAGGGUGACAAGACCCGAGAAGAAAGAGCGAAACAAAUCUUCGGCGCACUUCGAGGCUCGGGGUAUGAGCGAAGGCUACCGGAGAUUCCAGAGAGCAAAUGGAGGACCAUCAACGGUGUUCCGGUUCCUCCUCGGCCCCUCGAGCCCGACAAUUGCUGUAUGAGCGGAUGUGUGCAUUGCGUGUGGGACGACUAUCGCGACGAUUUGGAGGAAUGGGCAGCGCGGGUUAAAGAGGCGCAAGCAAAGGCGCAGAAGAAGUCAACGCUCUCUGAGCCAAAGAUUCAAGUCAAUAGACCCGAAGUCCAUGCUGCUUCUAGUAGUAUGGAUGACGAUGGGGGUGGGAGCGAAGGUCUUUGGACGACACCGUCUUCGCGUUCGUCGGCAUCAUCUUCUUCUACUCCGAUUAUUGAUGAGGAUUUGAUUUUUGAGGGUAUCCCCGUUGGGAUUCGCGAGUUUAUGAAUACGGAGAAGAAGAUUCGUGAGAGGAAACGGGCUAGACGGGAGAAAGGGCUUAAUGUUGAUGAUUAUUGA